GGCUGGGGGUUGGGAGAGUGAUGAGUGAAAUCAGCGCAGCAGCAGUUCUGCUCAGAGGAGAGGAAGCCAAAGACGCCUGCCGCUUCCACCUGAGGAAUGGUCAGCGAGACAAUGCAGCAGCCAAGACAGUGAGAGAUAAAUCUCUAACAAGAGUUCCUAAGAUUCAAGUCCAGUAUCCACUGCCGCACCUUAAGCCUUCUAAAAUACGGAAAAGGCUGCUGCCCAUUUCCUGCUACCUCUAGAAACACUCUUGCCAGUAGUGGCAGCAGUAGAAGUCAACUACCCACUGCUUGCUCUGUCUCAAGAAGCUCCAGAUGGCGUCUUCUGUGGGCAACGUGGCCGACAGCACAGGGCUAGCUGAGUUGGCACAUCGUGAAUAUCAGGCAGGAGAUUUUGAGGCAGCUGAGAGACACUGCAUGGAACUCUGGAGACAAGAGCCUGAAAAUAUUGAUGUUCUUUUAUUACUUUCAUCUAUACACUUUCAGUGUCGAAGGCUGGACAGAUCUGCUCACUUUAAUACCUUGGCAAUUAAACAGAAUCCUCUUCUAGCAGAAGCCUAUUCGAAUAUGGGGAAUGUGUACAAGGAAAGAGGGCAGUUUCAGGAAGCAAUUGAACAUUAUCGACACUCCUUGCGGCUCAAGCCUGAUUUUGUUGAUGGCUAUGUUAAUCUGGCAUCAGCCUUGGUAGCAGUAGGUGACAUGGAAGGAGCAGUACCAGCUUACGCAUCAGCUCUUCAGUACAAUCCUGAUUUGUACUGUGUUCGCAGUGACCUGGGGAACCUGCUCAAAGCCCUGGGUCGCUUGGAAGAAGCCAAGGCAUGUUAUUUGAAAGCAAUUGAGACACAACCAAACUUUGCAAUAGCUUGGAGUAAUCUCGGCUGUGUUUUCAAUGCACAAGGGGAGAUUUGGCUGGCAAUUCAUCACUUUGAAAAGGCUGUUACCCUUGACCCAAAUUUUCUGGAUGCUUAUAUCAAUUUAGGAAAUGUUUUGAAAGAAGCACGCAUUUUUGACAGAGCUAUGGCAGCUUAUCUUCGUGCCUUAAGUUUGAGCCCAAAUCACGUGGUGGUACAUGGCAACCUGGCUUGUGUAUACUAUGAGCAAGGCCUAAUAGCCCUGGCCAUCGAUACGGGCAGGCGAGCUAUAGAACUGCAGCCACAUUUCCCGGAUGCUUAUUGCAACCUAGCAAAUGCUCUCAAAGAGAAAGGCAGUGUUGCUGAAGCAGAAGAUUGUUAUAACACAGCUCUUCGUCUGUGUCCUACCCAUGCAGACUCUUUGAAUAACCUCGCCAAUGUCAAACGGGAACAGGGCAAUAUUGAAGAGGCGGUCCGCCUAUAUCGCCAAGCAUUAGAAGUUUUCCCAGAGUUUGCUGCUGCACAUUCCAAUUUAGCAAGUGUACUGCAACAACAGGGAAAGCUGCAGGAAGCAUUGAUGCAUUAUAAGGAAGCCAUAAGAAUCAGUCCGACAUUUGCUGAUGCUUAUUCUAAUAUGGGAAACACUCUAAAGGAGAUGCAGGAUGUUCAGGGAGCCUUGCAGUGUUAUACUCGUGCCAUUCAGAUUAAUCCUGCCUUUGCAGAUGCACACAGCAAUCUGGCUUUCAUUCACAAGGAUUCGGGGAAUAUCUCAGAAGCAAUAGCUUCUUACAACACAGCUCUGAAAUUUAAGCCUGACUUUCCUGAUGCCUAUUGUAACUUGGCUCAUUGCCUACAAAUUAUCUGUGAUUGGACAGAUUAUGAUGAGCGGAUGAAGAAAUUGGUUAGUAUUGUAGCUGAGCAGCUGGAGAAGAAUAGACUGCCUUCUGUGCAUCCUCAUCAUAGUAUGCUGUACCCUCUUUCUCAUGGCUUCAGGAAGGCUAUUGCAGAAAGGCAUGGGAAUCUCUGCUUGGAUAAGAUUAAUGUCCUUCAUAAACCACCAUAUGAACAUCCAAAAGACUUGAAGCUCAGUAAUGGAAGAUUGCGUGUAGGAUAUGUGAGUUCUGACUUUGGGAAUCAUCCUACUUCUCACCUUAUGCAGUCUAUUCCAGGCAUGCACAAUCCUGACAAAUUUGAGAUAUUCUGCUAUGCCCUGAGCCCAGAUGAUGGUACAAACUUCCGAGUGAAGGUGAUGGCAGAAGCCAACCAUUUCAUUGAUCUCUCUCAGAUUCCAUGCAAUGGAAAAGCAGCUGACCGCAUUCACCAGGAUGGAAUUCACAUCCUUGUAAAUAUGAAUGGGUAUACCAAGGGUGCUCGAAAUGAGCUCUUUGCUCUCAGGCCAGCUCCUAUUCAGGCAAUGUGGCUGGGAUACCCUGGGACUAGUGGUGCACUGUUCAUGGAUUAUAUCAUUACUGAUCAGGAAACUUCCCCAGCUGAAGUUGCAGAGCAGUAUUCUGAGAAACUGGCUUACAUGCCCCAUACUUUUUUUAUUGGUGAUCAUGCUAAUAUGUUCCCUCAUCUGAAGAAAAAAGCAGUCAUCAAUUUUAAAUCCAAUGGGCACAUUUAUGACAACCGGAUAGUUCUGAAUGGCAUCGAUCUCAAAGCAUUUCUUGAUGGUCUACCAGAUGUGAAGAUUGUCAAGAUGAAAUGUCCUGAUGGAGGUGACAAUGCAGACACCAGUAACACUGCUCUUAAUCUGCCUGUCAUUCCCAUGAAUACGAUUACAGAAGCAGUUAUUGAAAUGAUUCACAGAGGACAGAUUCAGAUAACCAUUAAUGGAUUCAGUAUUAGCAAUGGACUGGCAACUACACAGAUCAAUAAUAAGGCUGCAACUGGAGAGGAAGUUCCCCGUACCAUUAUUGUAACCACCCGUUCCCAGUACGGGCUACCAGAAGAUGCCAUUGUGUACUGUAACUUUAAUCAACUAUAUAAAAUUGACCCCUCUACCCUGCAGAUGUGGGCAAAUAUUCUGAAACGUGUACCUAAUAGCAUGCUCUGGCUGUUGCGUUUUCCAGCAGUAGGAGAAUCCAAUAUUCAACAAUAUGCACAAAAUAUGGGCCUUCCCCAGAACCGUAUCAUUUUUUCACCUGUGGCUCCUAAGGAGGAGCAUGUCAGGAGAGGUCAACUGGCUGAUAUCUGCCUGGACACUCCCUUAUGUAAUGGGCACACCACAGGGAUGGAUGUUCUCUGGGCAGGAACACCCAUGGUGACUAUGCCAGGAGAGACUCUUGCCUCUCGAGUUGCAGCUUCUCAGCUUACUUGCCUAGGAUGUCUUGAGCUCAUUGCUAAAAACAGACAAGAAUAUGAAGACAUAGCUGUAAAACUGGGAACAGAUCUAGAAUAUCUGCAGCAAAUUCGUAGCAAAGUCUGGAAACAGAGACUAUCUAGCCCUCUGUUCAACACCAAACAAUACACAGUGGAAUUAGAGCGACUGUAUCUGAAGAUGUGGGAGCAUUAUGCAGCUGGAAACAAACCUGACCACAUGAUUAAACCUGUUGAAGUCACUGAGUCAGCCUGAAUAAAGACUGCACACAGGACAAUUACCCCUAUACCUGAGCCUCAACCUUCUGGGGGAAAGGGAACUAGAUAAGAUGCUUUGUGUUUAUCUGUACAGCACUGUGUUGCAGGUGGGUGAUAUAUAAUGAUAAUAGAAUAGCACAGGCAGACUUGCCUCCUGCAUAAGGAGAGAUGGGAUAAGAAACUGUUAUUCCAAAAGGAAUCUCUGUAGAGUGUUGCAGGAAGCAGGUUUUGCAAAGGUCUGGAAGGUCUGGUCUCCCUUGGUCUUCCAUGGGAUACUUAAUGUGGAAGGAGAUAGAGACUGAGCAGCCAUUUUGUGAUUCCAUGAAUUGAUCGAGUCUUCUGAUCCUUCUUUUUUUUUUUUUCUUCGUAUUUUGAGUAUUGGAACUUUUAAAAAUGUUUGCUUUCAGGUAUUUUUACUCAUGUGAAGUGAUAUUGAUUCUUCUGAGAUAAGGUUUAAACUAAAAUAUUGCUUCCUGUGUUAGUGUGUGAACUCUGACAGGGUGACAGGAACCUUGCUGGUGUAGUCUUUUUAUAGUUUUAUAAACCACUGGAGCCUGUAUCAGUUAUUUUAGUGUCUGACCUAAUGCUUGACGCUAGCAGUGCUUUAUUGAUUUAGAUGGUGACUCAGAUUUUUCAGGCUCUUUGCCAUUUCUAUUCCUUCACCUCCCUUUAGAUUUGCCUGUGACUGCUAACGAUACCAAGUCUUGUUUCAAACAUCCUAGAGUGUUUCUCUUAAACACGCCAUCUAGUGCCAAAUGAAAAUUCUUACGAGUGGAUAUUAAUCAUGAAUGGCACAGUUGUGGUACUGUUAUUGAUAACAAUGUAGAUGUUUUUGCCUAUUUUUUUUACCUAUUUCACCAGUGGUUAAGCCUCUGACUGCCCCUCCUCUGCUGCUUCUAAAAGUGAUGUGUGUGAUAAGAUUUUUACCUUCCUUUUUAAAGUUUUUUUUUUUUAAGUGAGUCCCAUUCUUCCUAUUUCUUUUAGGAGAAAUGAAAUCCCAGGUAAGUAUAAGUAUUCAAAUAUUUGAUUAGUAAGUUGUAGUUAUCUCCAGUACAUUAUUGUUCACUGAUAGAUUUUGAGGUAAAAGCUCUGCAGGACCAUCUCUAUACAGGCAGUAAUUUUUCAGACUGUGUUUGUGUAUAAGUCUCUACGUUUAUGUAUUCAGCCUUGGUAGUAGUGAGCUUGCAUCACUACUUGGUUUAGAGUAUAAGUUAGACAUUUGCCCUCCUGGAGCUUAAAUUCUUGUGUUUCAAUAAAAGGCAGAGGGCUUGAGGCUGAAACAAAGAAGCCACCAUAUGAAUAUGUUUGUACUGCUCUAUUGCACUUCCACUGUGCAAUCACAGGUCAGUUUCAUGUGUUAGUGCUGUAGAUUAUGUCUUUCCAAAGCACCUAGGCAGUGCACCUGUUCCGUAGCUGCAGCUGUUACCUGACCUUAGCUGACAAGUUAUUGAUAACUAAGAAUUUGAAUUUGUGAUCCCUACUGCUAGUUAAAACCUAAGCAAGGAGUCUCGUGUGUAAUUCUGAAGGAGAAUUACAUUGUAAUGAAGUGUGUACCUUUACUAAUGGAAAUCAAGGAACACCAGUUAAGAGAUUUUUUUUUAAAAUUUAUUUUUUAACUGUUAAAGGUUGCCAGCAUGGUUACAGGUAAACUGACUUUUCAAAUUCACAAAACUACUAAAUGUGGGAUUGGAUAAUAGACUUCCAGUGCCACUAAGGCUGUGAUCUGUGGCCAUUUUACAUGGCACAUCAUUCCUCCUAUAGAUAUGAACUUCUUCCUGUCAGGAAAAGUAGCCACUCUGGUUGAAGCUUUGCUUAUUGUAACAGGCUUUUAUUUCCAGGUAGCAUGUCUGUGGAAGACUUAAUUCUGAUAGAGUUAUAGAUAUUACUGGAAAAUAAUUUGUUUUUUUUUUCUGUUUUAUUCUGCUGCUUUAUUGAAAAAAAUAAAGCAUUUAAAUUGUGCUCCAGAAAUUCAGAUGUUGUCUUGUGGUCUUUAAAUAAUAAAUGGAUGAUUUCCCAUUAAAAAAAAUGUACUCUUUUGUAGCAUUUUUCCAUCCAUUUAACUAUGAGUUACAUGAUAUUGUUUUUUAACACCUAAAUAAAAUUUCAUUGUGUAAAUGUACCAAAUUUUCAUUAUCUGUUCAUUCAUUUAUGGACAGCUAGGCUAUUUCCUAUUUCUAACUAAUGUUAAUAAAGCAGCACCAAAUAUAAUCACCAAGUGUCUCUGUAAUAAUAUAUAGAUUCCUUUGGGUAUAUGCCCAAGAAUGGCUCAUCUGGAUCUUGAGGUAGAUCUAUUCCCAGGUUCCCCAGGCAAAACCACACUGAUUUCCAACGUCACAAUACAAGUUUGUAUUUCCACCAGCAAUGGAUAAGAAUUCUCGCCGGGCGGUGGUGGCGCACGCCUUUAAUCCCAGCACUCGGGAGGCAGAGGCAGGCGGAUCUCUGUGAGUUCGAGGCCAGCCUGGUCUCCAAAGCGAGUACCAGGAAAGGCGCAAAGCUACACAGAGAAACCCUGUCUCGAAAAACCAAAAAAAAAAAAAGAAUUCUUACACCACUUCCUCACCAUCGUGUGCUGUCAACUGUUUUAAUGAUAUUGGCCAUCCUGAGUAGUGUAAGAUGAAAUCUCAAAGAGGUUUUAAUAUGCAUAUUCCUGAUGAAUAAGGAUGUUGAACUAUAGACAAAUUGCUAAAUGGUCUUAUUAAUAAAAAACAUGGAGCCAGAAAUUGGGGUUGACAGAUCAAAGGAAUAGAACAAGCCACAAGCCAGCCUCACCUCACUGACCCUCCACUUUGAAAGAGACCUACUUCCUGUAUAUCCGUGCCUAUAUUCCUUUCUGGUCUGCUAACUCAUUUCCUCUCUACCCAGCUACAUCACUUCCUCUUCCAGCCCAGCUCUGUCACUUCCUGUCUGUCUGUACAUCUUCUAUGAUAAAAACCUACCCUUCCUGAGCUCCGGGCUCUCUGCUCUCACUGCUGUGUUAUACAGAGAUUCCAAGCUCUGAGCUUGAAAAUAAAGGCUGUUUGCUUUUACAUAUGG